UGCUGCUGAGCAAGGACAGAAGCCAGAGGCAGCCAGCGAAGGGCUGUUGGAACUUGCUGGGAGCGACUCUCUCACUAUGACCCGGUGGCAUCUCUCCUUCGCACUGGUGGUACUGCUGAGUGUGUGUGUGAGCCGGGCAAGCCCCAGCACAGUGAAUCCAUGCUGUUAUUACCCAUGUCAGAACAAAGGGGUGUGCAUGAGGGUCGGCAGGGAAAGCUACGAAUGCGACUGCACCCGGACAGGUUACUUCGGCAUUAACUGCACUUCGCCUGAGUUUUGGACACGACUCCGCGUUAUGAUAAAGCCAAGCCCGGCCUUCUAUCACUUCAUCCUGACAAACUGCAAGUGGCUUUGGGACAUCAUCAAUAAGACCUUCAUUAGGGAGAUGCUGAUGAGACUGGUGCUAACAGUCCGGGCCAAUCUGAUCCCAAGCCCCCCCACAUAUAACUCAGCACAUGGAUAUAUCAGCUGGGAAGCCUACUCCAACGUGAGCUAUUUCACCCGUGUCCUUCCACCUGUACCUGCUGACUGUCCGACUCCUAUGGGAACCAGCGGGAAAAAGCAGCUCCCUGACUCUCAGCAAUUGGCAGAGAGGUUUCUGCUCCGGCAGCAGUUCCUAGGGGACCCCCGUGGGACCAACCUGAUGUUUGCCUUCUUCGCACAGCACUUCACUCACCAGUUCUUCAAGACAUCUGGGAAGAUGGGGCAUGGCUUCACCAAGGCCCUGGGCCAUGGGGUGGAUCUCGGGCACGUGUAUGGGGACAAUCUGGAACGUCAGUACCAGCUGCGGAGCUUCACAGACGGGAAGCUCAAAUCUAAGGUACAGCAUGGAGAGGUAUAUCCACCCACGGUCCUUGAGGCUCCGGUUCACAUGAUCUACCCUGCCGGCACCCCCAAGGAAAAGCAGCUGGCUGUGGGCCAGGAGGUGUUUGGCCUGCUGCCGGGGCUAAUGAUGUAUGCGACCAUCUGGCUUCGCGAGCACAACCGAGUCUGUGACGUGCUGAAGCAGGAGCAUCCGAUGUGGAGCGACGAGCAGCUCUUCCAGACAGCCCGCCUCAUCCUCAUCGGAGAGACCAUCAAGAUCGUCAUUGAGGACUACGUGCAGCAUCUCAGCGGGUACUUCCUGCAGCUGAAGUUUGACCCGGAGCUGCUGUUCGGCGUGCAGUUCCAGUACAGGAACCGGAUUGCCGUGGAGUUCAACCAGCUCUACCACUGGCACGCGCUGAUGCCGGACUCGUUCAUCAUCCAGGGGAACGAAUACAGCUACCAGCAGUUUAUUUACAACACCUCCAUGCUUCACGACUACGGGGUGGAGGCCUUGGUGGAAUCUUUCUCCAAGCAAACGGCAGGACUGAUCGGUGGGGGACAAACCAUCAAUACCAACCUCUUGAAAGUGACUGUUGGAGUUAUUGAGGAAUCACGGCUGCUGAGGCUGCAGCCCUUUAACGAGUACCGGAAGAGGUUUUCCAUGAAGCCCUACAAAUCCUUCCAGGAGUUAACAGGAGAAGAGGAGAAAGCAGCGGAGCUGGAAGAGCUAUAUGGAGACAUUAAUGCCUUGGAGUUUUAUCCUGGUUUGUUGCUUGAGAAACGCCAGAAAGACACUAUUUUUGGGGAGAGCAUGGUGGAGAUUGGAGCCCCGUUUUCCCUGAAAGGGCUUUUCGGAAACCCCAUCUGCUCCCCGGAAUACUGGAAGCCCAGCACUUUUGGUGGCUCGACUGGCUUUGAGAUCGUGAAAACAGCUUCGCUCCAGAAGCUCGUGUGUCUCAACGUCAAGCGGUGUCCAUAUGUGUCAUUCCGCGUGCCAGAUCCUAGCACAGAAACAGGAGCAACUGGUGAGCAUCAAGACGGCAAACCAUCCACUGAGCUCUAGUGUCACUGCGGCUCCACUGAGGCUGGGCCAAUGAGUUUCCUCCUUCAUUAUUGUCCUAACGAUUCCUGUUGUACCACAUGGCCUCAGGUACAAAGCCCUCCCUUGCAGAGAGAGACAGGCACAAAGGAGGAGGACAGUAUGCUCCUUGCAUCAUGUAUCAAUAGAAUAGGAGGUCCUCUGGUUCUGGGCAUUAUCCACAGCCGGGGCUGGGAGAGGGGAAAGGAGAGGGAGGCUGGUAUUAGAUCAGGGAGAGCCUGAGUCAUCUAAUGCUACAGCCACAAUAAUGGUCUAUCUCCACUCAAGCUGCCUCUUCUGCUAGCAAAUUCCCUGCUCUAAGCCAGCUCUCUGUUUUCCGGUGGACUCUCUGCCUCUCCUUUGCUCUCAGUACCUCCCCCACACCCUUGACUGCCCAAGGAAGCUAUCACAAGUACUUUUCCUACACCAGGACUGCAAGGCAACCUAUGCCCGCCAGCUAGGCGGGGGCAGAGCAGUACGCAGCCACUCUUCCGCCCCAGCUGGCCAUCACACUUGCUCAUCCCUCAGGCUGCUCUUACUUUCCAAAUGGUGUGUGUUUAUAUUGUGGAACGACCACCCCAGAGAGCAUCCUUAGGAACCACAAGAAUGAGGAUUUUCUCAGAGGGUCUCUGGUUUGGACAGAGAGGGAAAGAAAAUCCUCCAUAGCCCGCUCAAUGCCUCAGGGCUGUUCCCCUUCUCCCACACACAAAGGCAAGGUCAGUAACCCUUCCAUGGCUUUAAGAAUGUCUGGGAGGGGCGGGGGGUGAGAGCAGACCCCAGUGUGUUUCUGCAGGAUAUGGCUGGAGCACACGUGUCCUGUACAGGUCAGAGCCUGUCCUAGGUUAUUCCUUAUACAAGCCAAUCAGAGCUCAUUCACUUCUCACUUGCCCAGCUCAGCCAGUUUUCAAGCACUCUGGGCAAGCUAGCAAAAGUGAUCACCUGAACUGCAGGUACAAUUCGGCACCAGCAGAUAACUGUGCCUGGAAGAGCCCGCUGUCCGGCUUCGGGAACCAGGUCUUGCUAACAUGCUGAGUGGGCUCUGGCAAUAAAUAGAGUGCGACCUGAUUCGGUCUUUGCCAAUGCAAGGUGGAAAGCUAAGUGCUUCUGAGAGCGCAGGAAAGCUGUUGAGUUUCAUGCUUCUUCGGAGACAUGUGAGCUCCAUUCUGCAGCAUCAUGUGGCAUUUAAAUACAACUGGGAAGUAGAUAUUGCUGAGGAGUGAAGGACUGGGGUAAAAUCUGUCAGAGCUGAUGGAAACCCCACUGAAUGGACAAUUUAAACCUAGACCAGCCAAAGAACCACACCAAUGUACCACAGGGAGCAGUGCUUUGGUGUCAUCUAGGCAAUCUCCAAAUAGGCCUUUUCUGCCUCUAAUUGGAUUGGGUCCGGAUUCUGUCCCCCUGACACGCUCUGAGAAGUACCCCACUCCACAAGCGGUUCCAUUGGCUCCAUAGAGGAAGGUACUACUCAGUGCAAGCAAGGAUGUCAAAAUCUGGCCCUUUGAAUCUAUGGGUCCUAAACUUCCCUGGUGUAAAUAGAUCAGAAAAUUCUGUUCCGAGAGUACAUAUGCCCUGCUUCAGACCUCACGAGGUUCCACAAUCCAAAGCUCAAUACAGACCUAGGAGCAUUGUUUUCCUGCCUUAUACCCCCCAUUUCCAACAGCCACUGGUCUGCGCCUCAGUAAAUACAAGGACUGGUGAUGAGCAGAGACGUUCUAAUCCCCAGGUUAACAUUGCAGACAUGCAGCUAUUGGAGUGAUAGGUUUGUUUGGAGGGUCUGAACACUCCCAUGAUCGCUUGUGACAGAGCGGUCAGUUGUGAUCCCAAUAAAAGACAAGGUGAUUUCACCUCCAGGCAGAUGGAGAAUAACGGCCUGCUGAGUUCUUCCAGAAGAGUUUCAGGCAUCCACUCACCAGACUCAAGUGCUAAAAAGAACAUGACGUGUG